ACUUUUUUUUUGGACCAAUUCCUUUUGAUGGAAUUGAUUCUUCCAGGUGCUGAUAACGUUCCCCUUUCUUUCCCUGCAGCUCCUCCAAGGUUCAUGAAAGUUCCCAGUGACCAGAUUGGCGUUUCAGGAGGAGUGGCGUCAUUUGUCUGUCAGGCGACUGGAUCCCCCAAGCCUCGAGUUACAUGGAACAAAAAAGGAAAGCGAGUGAGCUCCCAGCGAUUUGAGGUAAUUGAGUUUGAUGAUGGUGCUGGAGCGGUCUUGAGGAUACAGCCCUUGAGGACUCCCCGGGAUGAAGCUGUCUAUGAGUGCCAAGCAACCAACACGCUUGACGAUGUAACUGUGACGGCUAAACUCACCGUACUACGAGGUAAGGAUUGUUUCUGUACCUCAUAUUAAUUCAUUACUAUCAGCAAUGUCAAUUGUCAGCAAAAUAUUAAAUGGUAGGUGGCUAAGAUAAACCCAAACUGUUUAUGUUAGGAUCUAAAACCGUGAAUUAUAUACUUAAAUUACUAUGUGUUUGUUAAUAUUAAUCAUGUUUGCUAUAAUGCUCAUUGUGUUAAUCCUAAUUGCAUUUAUAAUAUUUAUAAACAAGUGGAUACUUUUGGGGAAAUUGGGAAUAAAAUGAUUAUUUCAAGGUCAGC